AUGAAUAUUCAGGAAUCUCAAAGGAAUGCAAUUGGCUCAAUGCUAAAUUUGUCUUUACAACCUGGGUUUGGUAAUAAUAUGAUAAAUCAAAGUGCCAUCUCCACAUCUAAUACAACUACAACUAAUGAUAUCUGGAUUUUAGAGGGGCCACAUAUAUGGAAAGUAUUAAUAUAUGAUAAAGUUGGACAAACUAUAUUAUCACCACUAAUGAAAGUCGGCAGUCUACGCCAUCAUGGAGUAACAUUACAUAUAAAUUUAAAUACACCAAAAAGCGUUAUACCAGAAGUACCUGCACUGUAUUUUAUUUGUCCAACAAUAGAAAAUAUAGAUAAGCUUUGUGAAGAUAUACAGAAUAAAUAUUAUGAAAGCUAUUAUAUUAAUUUUAUUAGCCCUUGUUCAAAACAGGUACUAGAAUAUUUCGCUAAAAAAGUCAUUAAAACUGGGAAUGUUAGUAAAAUUACAAAAGUUAUAGACAGAUAUUUAGACUUUAUAUCUUUAUCUCCAACAAAAUAUACCCUUGGAAUGGAUAGUGUUUAUUCAUGCUUUCAUGGAAAUAAUAGAAAUGAUGAUAGUAUUCAAGCUACUAUAGAUCGCAUAGUUAGUGAUCUAACUUGUGUAAUCUCUUGCCUUGGAAUAAUCCCAAUUAUACGUUGUUCAGGUAAUAUGACAUCUCCUAGCCAAAUUAUAGCUAGACAAUUGGAUUCUAAACUAAGAGAAUUACUUAAACAAUCAAACACAAAUUUUCCCGUUAUUACUGGUAACCAUAGACCAGUUCUUAUAUUAUUAGAUCGUGACAUUGACCUUUCUGUUAUGAUAAAUCAUACAUGGAUAUAUGAAGGCUUAAUACAUGAUGUAUACAAUCUUAAACUUAAUAGAAUUUCUAUACCAGAUGAAUCAAAUAAUGGGUAUAAGGCAUAUGAUCUAGAUUCCAAUGAUUCAUUUUGGCGUCAAUAUUCUGGUGCUCAUUUUACUGAUGUUGCUAAUGCUGUUGCUGAAUUACUUAACGAUUAUAAUAAAAAAUUAGCAGAGCUUAACUACAAUAAUGAAGACUCCACACAAGUAGCUUCCAAUUUGGCUAUAGCUAUACAUGCACUCCCUGAAAUGACUGAGAAAAAACGCAGUAUAGAUAUUCACACUAACAUUGCCACAGCUCUCGUUAAUGAAAUUAAAAAAAGGGAGCUAGAUAAAUUGUUUGAAAUUGAGGAGUCUUAUGAUACAAUACCAACAGUUUCUGGUUGUAUAAAUCAAAUAGAUUUACUUUUUACACCUACAGAUUCUGACAAUAGUAAGUUUACUGAUAUAGAUAAGUUCAGAGUUAUAUUAUCUCUAUGCUUACAUGAACGACAUGGAAAUAAUAUAACUUCACAAAAUAUUGAAUAUCUUACCAGACACUUUAAUAAUAAGGCAGAAUAUGUUGGAAUUUUAAAUUAUGUAUGUAAAAGACGUGGAAAUAAUUCUUUUAACCUUUCUUUUAGUAACUCUGAUAUCUCACCUAAUACAUCAAAUGUGGUAUCCCAAAAUGUGUCAUCUGGAAUUACAAGUUUAGCCAAAAAUAUGGGUGAGAAAGUAUUUGAUAUGGCUGGUAAGAAUAUUUUGCAGGGUGUAAGGGCACUUUUGCCUUUAACAAAGUCUCUAAAGAUAACGAAGAUUAUUGAUUCUUUAUUGGAAAAUAAGACAAAUACAUUCUCAACUACAAAUUCACAAUUGUCUUCUUCAUUAAAUAGUGAAGAAUUUCUAUAUUUUGAUCCAAAACAACCGUGCCAACCAGGAACUGAUUCUAGUAAUGUAGUACGUAUAAAGACAUCAUUCAAACAAGUGAUAGUUUUUAUGAUUGGAGGUGGAAGUUUUGUUGAAUCUCAAGCUAUACAGAAUUAUGCUGAUAAGGCUCAGAAGAAUAUUAUAUAUGGAUGUACUGAGUUUAUUAAUCCGAAUGACUUUAUUGAAGAGCUUAAUAAAGUGGCAAAUUCGUAG